GGCAAUAUGGCAAUAGCACUGGAAUUAAUGCUGGUUCUUUCUGCGUUAGCUGUGCUUGGAUCAGCAAUUAGUGAUGCGCUUGCUGCUGAGCUCGGGUAUCCUGCUGGUGUUGACGUCUGGUGUGGAAAAGCGUACAGGGCAUCAAACUCGUCCUUCAAUCCUGGUGGGUGGCUUGAACUUCCAAAGCCCUCAUCUACUCCACUGCUGGAUCUCUCCAUCCGCCCACGUACGAAUCUGUAUCUUGCUGGUGAAGAAUACGCCUCCUUUAUUAUUGAUGCUCCCAUUUCCUACUUGACUGGUCAAGCCUUCAUGAACGCCAGCUUUAAUAAGCAAGACAACCUCACAAGCCCUUUCACAACACUUUUCAUCGAUGUCGCUGUGGUUGAGUCGGGGUUGGAUCUGAUUUCAGGUCAAAAUAUCGCCGUCAAUACCACCGGCAAUGAGCUAGGGGUUUCUCUAUCAGGACUCACUGCACGAGUUGAGCCGUACGACGUCGUUGUAACAGGAGCAUCAGAGGAUGGUGCUCAAUUUUACACGGCAACAACUCAGCUCCACUUUGUUCCUUCUCGUACAGAUGGAGGAAGCGUGACCAAGAUCGACAACCUCUAUGGUGGCUUGUUGGUUCAAGAUUACCUCUCAAACUCCACUUCGUGGACUCCUUUGUUCCCAUAUACAUUCUAUGUAUCAUGGGAUGGCUGGCUUGAAUUGAGCAUUGACAACCUCAGAGUGUUUAAAGACAAGGGAUAUAAUAUCAUCCACAUCGUGCCGAAUGCUGGGCUUGCUAAUGAAGCAUUUGACUUUGAUGAACUUGAUACAUUUCUCGAUGUUAUGGAUGAGAUUGAGCUGUGGUUAAUGUUCGAUAUGAGAUGGACAUACAAAAACCUCACUUCUGUGGAAAUGCAAGUCAAUAGACUAAAGGCACGAAAGAGCAUGCUGCUUUAUUACACCGGUGACGAACCUGACGGACAAGUGGACGCUCUUAAUGCGACCAAGAUUACGUACGAUCUAAUCAAGUCUCUUGACCCAUGGCACCCAGUCUCUCUCUGCUUGAAUUGCCUGAACUAUUAUUUCGAAGAAUACACCUCCGGCGCUGAUAUCAUUAUGUCCGACCCCUACCCGAUAGCGGUCAACACCUCAUGGUCGCAUCAGUACGACACAACAUGCAACACCACCUACGGCUGCUGCGGCUGUGAUGACUGUGAUGGAGAUUUCGAGGACGUAGCAAAUCGUCUGGAUCUUUACACUCAGUAUCAAGAGAUCUUAAAUCUUCCCCAGAAACCUCAGUGGGGAGUUCCACAAGCAUUCGGCAACGAGACCUUCUGGGCCAGAUACCCAACGCCGGAAGAGGAGGUUGUCAUGAACAUGCUGUUUGUCAAUCACGGAGCGAAGGGCAUUGCCAUGUGGGAUUACCCCACUGAACCUGAUUUGGCAAAUGUGACGAGUGCGCUGUCUAAGGUUCUGACUGUAAGCACCGUGUCAUCGUUUCUCCUUGGGAGCUUCUACACUCAGUUGGAAUCUGCUGGUCUGCCCAGAGUAGAUGUGGCGUCAUGGAUUGUGGGAAGCAAGAUGCUGGUCAGUGUUGUGAACAAGAAUUAUGUUGAGAGUCCCACGACAAACGUCACCAUCACACUUCCAGACACUGCAGCAAGCGUUGAAGAAGUCUUCUGGGGCUCAGGUUGGAAAGUGAAUGGGGCACAGUUGACGAAGCUCGGCUUGGAGGCAUUGGAGGUUGACCUCUUUCUUGUUGAAUUGGUUUAAUGGAGAUAUUUCCAGACACC